GUAACUGCCUACGAGGUUGUCAAAAACGGCAUAAAUAUCACAGUGUUCGACACUCCGGGACUUGCAGACGCAACCGGCAAUGAUGAAGAAUAUCUGCGGAAAAUCAAGGAGAAAGUAGCUCACUUCGACCUGUUUCUGUUCUGCACUGAGAUGACCAGUAAGCGAUUCCGCACCGACGACUUGGAAACGAUAAAGAAGCUUACAGAAGCCUUGGGGGAGAAACUUUGGGAACAUGCUCUUGUGGUUUUAACCUUUGCCAACGAAGUCCCACUAUCGCCAACCAAGAAGACAGAUGACGUACCUGAAGCAACCGCUUUCAAUAACCGUGUUUUAGCUUUCAAGAAAGCGAUAAACAAACAUUUGGUUGCUAUCGGAGUACCUGAUAUUACAGCGACUAAUGUGCCAUAUACGCCAGCCGGAGAGUUGGAUGAUCCAAGACUUCCAGAUAGAGAAGACUGGUUAACAGCAUUUUGGAUCGCAGCUUUCAAACGUAUCAACAGGAACGCAAAAGCUGCUUUCCUAAUGGCAACUGUCGAUCGUAUUUCAUUUUCUUCCACCGUUAGUGACGGAAACGAAGAAAUCAAAGUAAGGAAAGAUGGCAACGUUGUCAAUCUUGACCAGUUCGGUAAUUUAUCCAUUGAAGAAAGGAAUGCAAUCACAGAAUUCAGAGCAAAAUUGAAAGAGGGCGACUUUGACGAAAAAUUGAACCGUUGUUUAAAGAAAACCAAGAUGUCCGACGAACCUGACCAAGAUACAAAGGUGUCAGGUCCCUCCAUCAAUGUGGACGAAACGUACUCUGAAGAAAUCAUUAAGGAUGUGUUUGGUGGUGUAACAGGGCAACUCAUCGGUGAGCUGACCGGUGCUAAAUCUGGUAGAAAGUACCAAACAUUCUUCGGCUGGCUAACGAAGUAUUUUACGAAGUCUUACCCAACUUCCCGACCCACUUAAGCUAGACCAGAAGGCAUGAAGAAAUGAUCACAUGGUGACCAAAAGAGUGAAGAAGACAAACUAUUUGUCAUUAAUAAUAUCAACCAGUUAAACUAUGAACAUAUAAUAUGUUAACGUAAAUGAACUCUGUGUAUUUUAAAGGUUCAUGUCACGUUCCUGAAAUAAAAUGUUCUUUAGAAAAAAGGUUCAGAUAGAUUGCAUAUAGCUCCAAGCGUUUUUUUGUUACAAGAUAAGACGAGUUUCAAGCAUCUGUAGAUAAAGUUGCUGAGUGAUGAGUUCAGGUAGAUUGCAUGUUAUAUGUGGGCUUGUUAGAGAUCCAAGCGUUUUUUUGUUACAAGAUAAGACGAGUUUCAAGCAUCUGCAGAUUAAGUUUCUGAGUAAAAUGAAGCUAUUUAAUACAGAGGAUUGAUAAAUUAAACUUUGAAAAACGUCUUUUGUGAUUUUUCUUUAAUUUGUGUUAUUAGAAACACCACCCAAAAGAAAAGGAUUAUAGAAUUUUUGUUUCCGUGCCUGAAUUUUAAGGGAAAAGAUUGACAAGAGUAUUUACCACAGCACCACCGUGUCUACGAGCGCUUUUCAUUCAACAAAUUUAUUAUUGUUUUCUCCUCAUCAUAUUCCUACCAAUAGCGUAGCUCCAUUUUCUGCAAAUAAAACCACACACAACCCACAAUUCCUUUAAUCGCUCUGACGAAGGGUUUAAACGAGCUCGAGGCGUCAGCUUUUCUAGCUCUUUGCGGUGGAUAGUACUAAAUUACCCCAUCUUCACUAAAGACCGAGCAUUUGCCUUGCCUUUCAAGGUAGGUUGAGUGGAUUAAUUUGUGCAACUGAUUUGCCGAUAGUCAUCUAACAGUACAUUACAGCGACAAAGAAGACGUCGAUUUAGAAAUGAAUAUACAUUUUCAGUUGGAAUUUCGCGAAUGACUGGAUGUGCUUACCAUCUCUAACGUCGACGCAAGUUAACGUUAGCAUGACGUAUGAGAGCGGCGUUGAUUUCUAAGUGGAAAAGUUAAAUAAUUUGCCGUCGACGUUUCUUUUCUCGGAACACGCAGACUUUCAUAAUUUCACGUUGUUAAUUGCGACUGGAAGCAAACGACGACAACGAGAACAACGAGGACGUGGCAAAACAAAAGAUCUAAUAGGCAAAACGAUUGCUCAGCUCGUGCUUUUUAAAGCUUUGUAAAUUUCUUAGGCUUGCUCUGCAAAACAACAACAACGUGAAAUCACCAAAAUUUGCAUGGUCUGCGAACGGAAAAGGGGAACGACAAAUUAUUUUGAUUUCCAUUUGGAACUCAAAGCUGCCAACAUAAUUAUGUUGUGCUGAAGUAAAGGUGUGGCUUUGUAAAAAGUAAACACAUCUUGUCAUUUUCGAAAUUCUAACGAAAAAUAGAAAUUGACUUUUUAAUCGACUUCCUCUGUGGCGUAGCUUCCUGAUUGCUUAAGGUCCCUAUUUUUCAGAGGCCGGAUAAGAAAUGAAAACAGUUUUAAAAGGGAAGCGCUGAGCUAUUGUUCUGCCCAAAGAAGUCUUUCAAGUUUUUAUGUCACGGCCAAGUCAUCGUUUCCGUCGCCGUCGUGGCUUUUUUUUUUAGUUUUUAAUUUUAAUUUUAAAUCUUAUAUAUUUCUGAUACAAAAUACAGACAUAAUAAAAGUUAUUACAAAGAAAAAGGAGGUUUGACCAACAACAGCCGCGCAGUAGCUGCAGAGAGCAUUUUCACCAAAAUAAUCUUUAUAAAAAAAGUAUCUUUCGAUGCCGUCCAAUGCUUUCCCAUGCCGUCUGUCGUGUAUUCGUGGUAUCCUUCGAUACGUCGACAAAAUUCGGUUUACAUUUGUUCAGGUAUUCACUAGUUGUCGCCGUUACGAAUUAAACAUGACUGGUCAAAAUUGCAGCUUUAUCUUCGUGCGCGAUGCGAUCCACGUUUGGAGAAGUUGGAGCCGAUUUUGCUGGCAAAAGUCGAGUGUAUAUUAUGAUCGAUAUCGAUAGCAAGAUCUACUCUCGCUCGUCAUUAAGAAAAAAUAGGUUUUAACGGGGUUUAGACAGUUUUACGCUAAUUCCGACAAAUUUUUUGAAGGAAUCUUCGUUGGAUAAUUUGUUGUAAGAUGUUUCUUCUUUUUCCAAAAAUCCUCGUGUCCUUUUUCCAAGGAUCAGCGCGUCCUAUUCUCGAUACCAGCUUUGACUGAUUAAAGACUGACAGAUAAGUUUGCCAACAAAAGGCAACAGAUGACUGAAAUAUUGACCAAAACUUAGCGUCAUAUGGUCACAAAAAUAGGCUGCUUGUAUAAUUUAAAAAGAAAAACUAAGCUUUGUUAAUGCAAUUCUGUAGAGAUUAUGCCAUGAAACGCGUCACUAAAGUCUUACAAGCACAUGCCGUCUUUCGCGUAUUCUUGGUAUCUUUCGAUACGUUGACAAAAUUUAGUUUACAUUUGUUCAGUCAGGUCUUCCCUAGUUGUCGCCGUUAAACAGUACUGUCUAAAAUAGCAGCUCUAUUAUCGUACGCUACGCAAUCCACGUUUGGAGAAGUUCGAGCCGAUUUUGCUGGCGAAAUUUGAGUAAUAUAUUAUGAUCGAUAUCAAUAGCAAGAUCUAUUUUUGCGCGUUAUCAGGAAGAAACAGUUUUUUUUUCCACGAAUCUUUGUUCGAUAAUUUGAUGUAAGAUGUUUCUUCUCUUUCCAAGAAUCCUCGGGUCCAAUUCUAUAUACCAGCUUUAUUUGAUUAAAGACUGACAGAGAAGUUUGCCAACAAAAGGCAACAUAUCACUAAAAUAUUGUCAAAAUAAUUAAAGUUAGUCAUGUUUCCUGUAGCGAUACUUUCGACCGAGAAAUAAUUCGCUCUUUCUUCGCAUGUGCACCGUAAGUAUCUGUCAGAGAAAUCUGUAAAACCUUGAGAUUCUGCGGCAAAUGAUCCAACUUUUUUAGACAACCGUGACACUGUCUACAAUUAAAUGUAAGCAGAAACGAUCACACGACUGACAUUUCCUUUCGUUUCGUUUCGACAUCGUCUCGUUUCGUUUCGUUUCGUAAGCGCGAUGCCAAUCGAACAACGAUCUCUCCCUACUCUAUUCCAAAUAUCACCUAAAAUCUUUUUCUAUAUCCUGAAAGCAAAGUAGAUAACUGAACGCGGACACUGAAUUGCAAAUUUACCCGAAAUAAUGGAAAAUAAGUUCACUUGAAUUAUUGUCUUUCUCGCUAGCACGCAAAAAAUAUCAUCAAGUCAAAUAAUUUUGCAUAGAUUAGAGUGACUUCCCUCGCUUUCGUCUCACCUUGGGGAGGGGGGGGGGUGGGUACAGCUAACGUAAGCUAACGGAUAACCAAAGUAUUGGCCAACAUUCAACAUCUUACGAUCACAAAAAUAGCCCGUUUGUAUAAUUUGAAAGAAGAACCAAGCGCACCUUUAAGUAAACUAAAUAGAGAACAAAACACAGAGCACUCAAAGUAUUUGAAAGAAAAGCUAAGCGCUCCCUUAAUGUAAAAUAAAUAGAGAAAAAAACACAAGGCACUUAGAGUAUUGACCACCGAAUUUGAUCAAUAUUUUUAGAUGGAAGAGGAUGAAAUACAGGUUGAAGGUUUGAAUGCCUGAACUGAUCAAUAUAUUACUAUGACAAUACCACAGCAAAUUGACUGAGGAGAAUUAAGCGCAAGCAAAGUUAAGAUUUAUCAAAAUUUUUGUCAGCGAUGUAAAUUUUCUUGCAUUCUACUCUUCCGCCACGUAGCACGUAACCAGUAGUCGGGCGACUGAUCCCACAUGGAAAUAAAACACCUGAAGAUCAGAGUAUCAUAAGCCGAAUUUUGAUUUCUCGUCGUAAUCAAAAACUAAGCACUUACGUCUUCAUAGAUGACUCAAAACUGUUUCAACAAAUCAACUCUUUAAAGGCUGCGACACGAAUGAAGCACGUGUGAGCAAAAUCACUUAAUGAUCCAAUUGAUGCCAGAUGUUGUCCGAAGAGUAUUUAUGUCGGCGACAUAAUCUUUUGGCUGAGGAAAACAAACAGCGUAUUAUUAUUUUGACAAUGCUUACUAAAUAUUUCUUACUAAUUUUCUAUCCACAAUGGUUUGGUCAAUUUUACACAUGUUUUAUUUUCUUCCUCUUAUAA